GCACCAUAGGCGGUGCCUCUGCUAAAAUACAGUUGCCUGAUCUGGCUUGAUGCCUACUCCCCUGCAGACCCCUCAAUGCCUCCCAACCCUUUGACUCACCUGAGCCUGCCGGACAGAUCAGAGAUGCAACUGCAGAGCGAAGCCGACAGGCGGAGCCUCCCGGGCACUUGGACCAGGUCAUCCCCAGAGCACACCACCAUUCUGAGGGGAGGCGUGCGCAGGUGCCUGCAGCAACAGUGUGAACAGACUGUGCGGAUCGUGCAUGCCAAGGUGGCCCAGAAAUCGUACGGAAAUGAGAAGCGGUUCUUCUGCCCCCCGCCCUGUGUCUACCUCUCGGGGCCCGGAUGGAGGGUGAAGCCAGGGCAGGACCAAGCUCACCAGGCCGGGGAGACGGGGCCCACGGUCUGCGGUUACAUGGGACUGGACAGCGCGUCCGGCAGCGCCGCUGAGACGCAGAAGCUGAAUUUCGAGCAGCAGCCGGACUCCAGGGAAUUCGGCUGCGCCAAGACCCUGUACAUCUCAGAUGCAGACAAGAGGAAGCACUUCCGGCUGGUGCUGCGGCUGGUGCUGCGCGGGGGCCGGGAACUGGGAACCUUCCACAGCCGCCUCAUCAAGGUCAUCUCGAAGCCCUCGCAGAAGAAGCAGUCGCUCAAAAACACCGAUCUGUGCAUAUCCUCCGGCUCAAAGGUCUCCCUCUUCAACCGCCUGCGCUCUCAGACAGUCUCCACACGCUACCUCUCUGUGGAGGACGGGGCCUUUGUGGCCAGUGCGCGACAGUGGGCUGCCUUCACACUCCACCUGGCUGAUGGGCAUUCUUCCCAAGGAGACUUCCCACCGCGAGAGGGCUACGUUCGCUAUGGCUCCCUGGUGCGGCUCGUCUGCACGCUCACCGGCAUCACUCUACCUCCCAUGAUCAUUCGUAAAGUAGCCAAACAGUGUGCGCUCCUUGAUGUGGAUGAGCCCAUCUCCCAGCUGCACAAGUGUGCAUUGCAGUUUCCUGGCAGUCCCCCAGGAGGGGGUGGCACCUACUUAUGCCUUGCCACAGAGAAGGUGGUGCAAUUUCAGGCUUCUCCCUGCCCCAAGGAGGCGAACAGGGCUCUGCUUAAUGACAGCUCUUGCUGGACCAUCAUCGGCACCGAGUCGGUGGAAUUUUCCUUCAGCACCAGUCUGGCGUGUACCCUGGAACCGGUCACUCCGGUGCCUCUCAUCAGCACCCUAGAGCUGAGUGGCGGGGGCGACGUGGCCACGCUGGAGCUCCACGGAGAGAACUUCCAUGCGGGGCUCAAGGUGUGGUUUGGGGACGUGGAGGCGGAAACCAUGUACAGGUACGGGGAGCCCGCGGUCCCUGGUGUGCGUGGUGCCGGACGUGGCGGCCUUCUGCAGCGACUGGCGCUGGCUGCGCGCUCCCAUCACAAUCCCCGUGAGCCUGGUGCGCUCCGAUGGGCUCUUCUACCCUAGUGCCUUCUCCUUCACCUAUACCCCGGAAUACAGCGCGCGGCCGGGUCACACCGGCGUCCCCGAGCCCGCCACCGACGCCGACGCGCUUCUGGAGAGCAUCCAUCAGGAGUUCACCCGCACCAACUUCCACCUCUUCAUCCAGACUUAGGCGCGCCCGGGAAUCCCGGCUGCCCACCGCGGAGGGCUGUGCCCGAGCCAGGCGCGGGGACGUGUUUCUGGGAUCUAGGCCCUGCUUCCUUGCCCCUUUGCUGUAGAAGGGCAGCUGAAGGCUCACCCUAGAAAGCGGGCCUGGUGGCUCUUACCCGGCUUACUCCCUCCCUCAUCCUUACACAUACAGGAAGACACGACCUGAGUGGUGCUGUCUUUGUGUCCAUCGUGUGUGGCUCUCCCUGUCUUCAUCUCUUCUCACUCUGUCUCUAAACCUCUCUCUCCCCCCUCCCCCUCAGUACUUAGUCUACGGAUCUAUUUGUGUGGCCCUAUCCCUCUGUCCUUUUCUCUCUUCAGCUCUCCCUGCCUCUCACACACAAUUUCACAUGCCCAGAGGAGCCAAGUCCGAGACAUUUACCCUCCAGGCAUCUGUGUCCUCUCUUGAAGAGAAAACACACAGCUUCACACACCCAGGCAUGGGGGGCAAGCUCUUGGGGCACGAGGACCCUGGAGCACCAGGUCCUGCCUGGAAUAUUAGAUCCACGUGUAGCACCGGGUCUCUCUGAGUCUCACCUGGGGCAUUUGGUCCCACCUGGUACACCAGUUCCCACCUAGAGCACUGUGCCCUUCCCUGGAGCACAAAGACCUGCUCCUCCUGAGAAUCCCUCUGACUGCAGCCAAGCAUAGUACUCUUGCCUGUGUUUGCUCCCUGGCCUACAGCUUUGGUGGCUGGGCAGGUGCUGGGCAGGUGCCUGAACAGUGAUGAGGUCUUGCCGCCUUAACUGUCCCCCAAGUCACUUCUCCCACAGGCCUAGCAGGAUGCAGUCCUGAGGAUCAGGGUUUCCACGGCUGCAUUAAAAUUAACCCUAUCCAAGGCAGAGUUUGGUCUGUAUGAGCCAUCUCCCCAAGUAUGCCUCCCCCAACCCUCGCACCCACACACACAAAAAGGGGACCUGCACAGAAAGAAAAUAACCACAAGUCUGAUGGAGCAGAGCGCCUACCUUUUUGACAUUUUCUAGAGGAGGAACAGGGUGCAGAGGCAGCUGGCAUCCUGAGUCCUCAUCCCUGCCCUGGGGAUGUUACCCUACCAGCUAUCUCUCCAUCCCAAGCAAGGGUGCACCCCAGGCCCAGAAGUGACCACAGGACCCUUUCGAAACAAAGCUUUCCCAGGAUAGCCCUGGGCAGAACUCCUGGGAUUGACUGGGCAAUAACGUAGUUGAGAGAGGGGCCUCUCUACAUGGGGCUGAUGGACAGAAUCACAAUCUAUUCCUGACCACCCUACCCACCCUCUACCUAGUCUGUGCUAGGUAGGGAAGAAAAAAAAAAAAAAAACAGGCAGAACACUGGCUUGGACUGUUGGAAUCAAGGAUACAGAUAAGUAUCAUGGGUGCCAGCUACCUGUACUAGCCUCUGGUGGUGCCUGAUGGGAAAACUGGUCUGAAAUGUGGGUUCCAGGUUCUAACCCGCUGGGGAAGAACUUGACCUCCUAAGGAAGAGCUAAUUUCUUGUAAAACUCCUCCCCCCCUCCCCGCCAGGGUAUGGAAAGUCCCAUGAGAAAAAAGCAACUAACAAUACCCAGAGGAGAAGAAACAAGGUGUGUUCUUUAGCCUUCCCAAAGUCUUGACUAAAUUCUGUCAUCUGCGGUCAGCAGGCUGCAGCCCACUGUGAGAGGUGAGGAAGAAGUCUGUGGCCCCUGAAGGUGAAUCUUGGCGGAGGAAUGCAGCGAAUGAGUUGAAUGGGAAAUAUCCCUGAAAUGAGUGCUUGACUCACCGUCCAUGGUGGUGUUGAAGCAGGCAGCCAGGAGGAAAGAGGCUGAGAAGAGUGUCAUAGCACAUCACAUGGGGAAUUGGGGCUCAAGCGCUCAUUGUCCAGCCCUGCCCCAAAGUCUUCCUCCACCACUCCUCAAGGCAGGAGUCCUAGAAGCCAACAAUCUAGUCUGGGCCAAAAGCCGAGGCCCAGCCAAACAGCUCUGUCUUAGUCCUCACCCAUCUCAGGGGAUCCUAUAACCUUUGGUGUCACCAAGGUAUCCAUCUGGAAGUCUGUGACCAAAGUUCCAGCCCUGGCCUACCUUCUGAGUUCCAGCUGCUGAAACUGUCCUUGGAGGUCUUCCUUGCACUGAGUCUGAAGCCAUCUUAUAUCGAACCCCUUUCCCUCUCCACCUGCCUUGCAGCACCAGCUCUAACUCCUUCCCCCACACCACCCAGUCACCCAGGCCUAAGGAUCCCACCUCCCCUUCCACACUACAAUGUGCCUCCUGUUUUCCUCUCCCUCCACUACUGCCCUGCCCGGUCAUAUGUCGCCUCUUCCAAAAUUUCCCAAACUACCCUAGGUAGAACCAGCUAUAUCAUUUGUGGGCCCCAGUGCAAAAUGGCCCCUUGUUCAAAAAGUAUUAAAGAAUUUCAAUUUGACUGAACACAGGAUGCAAAAAAAAGAAAAGAAUUUCAAGACAGCCACAGGAAAUGAUGAAACCAAGUGCACAGCCCUUUCAAGCACAGGCUGCACACCCAUGAAGCCAGCCCUGGCCCCAGGUUUGUUUCUUGUAUUACCACAGAACCGCAGUGGGACCAUGUCGGCUGCCCACUUUGGAUCAAAGGUUUUAUGUACAUGCCGAUUGUCCCCUCUAGGUUGUCAGCUUCAUGGGGAAAGGAGCUUUUAUCUCUGCAUGACCUAUAGGGUGCAUCACAAUGCCUUGCAUGUUGCGUUGGUGCUCAAUAAACAGCGAUUUGCAUUA